CUGAACCCGUCGAAGCAGCACGAAACAUCGCCAUUCACAGUUAUUUUAACACAUUAGAAAGAAAGGGCAAAUUUUCGACAAGUGAAAUAUUAGUCUACCAUGGCAUAGGCUUACCCCAGUUUGGGGUUUAAAGGUCUAAUGUGCCAGAAAUCUAGGACAGCUAUCGUGUGUUCACACAUUCAACCAUAGAGAUCCGGAUUUAAGUCCACCUGUGGAUAAUGAGCUAGUUAUAGAUUUGAGGAUGGUUAUCACAAAACAUUUUUCCGGUUUCACCUAACAGAUUACGAGGAAAUGUUUAACUGAUUCCGACGAAGCAGCAACAGCAGCAGAAAACAGACGUUACACAGCUGUUGUAACACAUCAGUAAGAAUGGGAAGAUGUUCGACAAUGUUCUAAGAGACAUAUUCCCAUAGAUUUAAAGUCUGAUAUGGCAGAGGCUUGCCCUAGUCCGGAGUUCCGCUGUUUGUUGUGCCAGGAAGUAUACGAAAAUCCAAGAGAGUUACCUUGUGGUCACACAUUUUGCUCUCCGUGUCUGACCACUUAUAUCCAGGCUGAACAUGUAUGUGCCGAUGAAGAUCGUCAUUACUUCCCGUGUCCUGUCUGUGAUAAUCCUAUUACCCCGCGGGACCCAAGCAUACACGUCAAUACCUGGGGGACUUCAUUCCCCAUAAAUCACCUGUUCCUAAACCAUACAAAACAGACAUCGUAUGAUCAAACAUGUGAAGCAUGUCUGAGGGCCGAGGAAUCCAGUUCUGCCGAGGUCUGGUGUACUGACUGUGCUGAAAUGUUGUGUAAAGAUUGCAAAACUUACCAUAAACGGAGUAAAGUUUCCAGCAAACACAAACUUGUGACUAUUGACAGAGAGUCUGGUGGAAUCAAAGGGAUAAUCGUCAACGAUAUUUGUCCGAACCACAACACGAAGCCGUUCGACUUCUAUUGUGUGGAUCACGGAUCACUUUGUUGCAGUGACUGCGUGUCCUUGACCCAUAGAAACUGCAAUAAUGUAAAACAACUGGACGACCUCGUACAGACAGCUACACCAGGACAGAAUGACAUUGACAAAGAAUGGGAGGAAAUACAAGAAGAAUCGAAGAAAAUGUUGGAAGAUGACAAUUCACAGAUGAACAAAAUAAACUCAAAAGAAAAGGAAGAAUCGGCUAAAAUGACUCAUGUGAUACAGCGGGCUAAAGACAAGCUUGAUGACCUCAACGCGGCAUUUCAGUUAGAUCUCGCACACAAAUAUAACUCGUACAGACAACAGAUAACUUCUCGACUAAGAUGUGUUAGCAAAUUUAACACCAACGCUGAGAACUCGCAUCUACUAAUGUUGUGCUUGGAAACACAGGGAUCCGAUCGACAGACGUUUAUCACAAGAGAGCAAACAAAGCAUCAGUUGUCAGGACAUUACCGUCGGAUGGAUCAAAACACCAAGAAACUGCCUAAUACUUUUGACAUUACACUGAAGAUAGGACAAAUCGUAGACGAAAUCAUGAAAGUGACAACCGUUGGUGCUGUUGAUGCGACCUCGACCAUCUCACUGACGUCACAGCAUGCGAAUGCGUGUAUCGGCUCUUUGCUUGAUACCAUAAAUUCUAAGCCUCCACCUGUUACGUCUGUGGACUUUUCUUCAGCGUCUGACCUUACAGAUUCCCUACAGCGUAUACCAGUCAUUUCACCUCCAACAGUUGCAUUAUUGGAUGUCUGGGAACGCUCAAUAUCCUGUGUAAAAACCAUACAUGGAAGUAAGUUGAGAGGGUCUGUCACUCCUUUUUUAAUAAGUGGAUUUUUUACAGACAACGGACAACUACUUAUCACAGACAGUGAUAACAAACGACUCUUAUUGUUUGAUGACAACUAUUCCUUAGUAAAGGAAUACAAUGUUAAGGGUAAGCCAUUAGACGUCACACGUGGACGUGUUGCUGAUGAAAUUUUUGUGAGUUUGUUCGAGGGCCAAUUACUGAAGUGUACUCUACGGAAUGGCCAACUGUCUGUGACCAAGAUGAUCACGUGUCCACCUGGAACGUUAGGAAUAGCAGUUCACGGAGAUAACAUCUACGCCGGUACGUCUGAAGGUGUGGAGGUUUUGUCUUUGGAUGGAGUGGCUAUAAGGUCAAUUAAACAAAGUGGAGGUAACUCGUGCCUUGCUAUAUCUUCAUCUAAGGCCAGAUUGUAUCACAAGGAUAACAAUGAUAUAGUGUGUAGACGACUUGACAAUGACGCAGUAGUUUACAGGUAUAAAGAUCGUCGUCUGAUGUAUCCUGGAGGUAUCGGACUGGACCGGGAUGACAAUUUAUAUAUAAGUGGAUCGUUGUCGCGCAAUGUUUACCUGGUUUCACCUGACGGAUCACGGGGGAAGGCACUGCUGACCAAACUGGACGGUAUCAACAAACCGUAUGGUAUCAUAGUCCAUCCCACCAAACAGGAGUUCGUUGUAACAUCUGUACAUGAGUCUGUUUCGUUCGAGGUGUACCGAUUCAAUAACAACGCUUAG